ACAAUCGCUUAUAUCGGUCGAUAUGCCGCGAGUGCAGGAGAGGUCAGAAUUAGCCGAUUUCAUGAAUAACAGUCUUAUAGAUGACAUAACAGGGAGUUUGCCUCAAGGGGUGGACGAGAAGGUGAUCCUAAGUCGGUGUUCAAUACUGACGACAAACAAUUCAUUUUCGGCACUCGUGCCCGGAUGGGAGGGCAUUCCCACCGCCAUUGGGAUCAAUGUGGUCGUGGCUGCCGCAUUUUUGAUUUUAAUUGCCAUUCUUCGGAGGAGAUCCAUUGUCAAAGACAAACAUUACAUUAAUGCUCCCAAAACUCAUCUCAACACUGAUUUUCUUCAAUUCAUAUACGAUAACAAGAAGUCCAGUGAAGACAUCUAUUACACCGACAAACAGAUCAACAGAAAGCACCCGAAGGCUUAUUUACCCAUCAUUUUGCACACCAAUGACGCCCUCAUCGGUGAUAAAGUGAGGCGCGACGACGACAACACCGAAGACCCCUCGACUAUCAAACUAUUCAAUACAACAAUCGGCGGCACAAGUAAUCUGAAACCCAAUAAAUCAAAGGGAAAUAAAGCGACUGAAGUGAUCGCCGGUGGUGUUGUGCCGACGCGACUAAAACAACACGGUUUGCCUCACGGCCUGUCUUCCCUCGAGUCGGGAAAUUUACCGGCUCUAACACCCGCUAGUCUACCGACUCUAAGCCCUAUUGAGCCGAUAGAGCCCGUCGUCGUCCACCGGAAACCAACUAAAAAAGCGGAGACACCCGUCAGUGAAGAAGAGCACGAGCUCUCACUCUUAAAGGCAGUGUUGAAGGGCGACGACACCGACAGUGUUAAGAGUCUGUCGAUAAAGCCAUCCAAACAUAUUCACCACCAGAAGGCCGAUGACAGCGCGAAGACGUUAAAGGAAUGGAUCAUUAAAUACAUGUAUAUCAAAGAUAAGGACAUUCUCCAGAAGAGAGGUGUGGAUGCGCUUCAAUACGUGCUUUUUCAACGAUAUCUAAUCUACUUUAUGGCGUGUAUGACAAUCAUCUGUUUGGUUAUCAUUUUGCCCCUCAAUUUGUAUGGAAAACGUUUGGAUCAAUUGGACGAAGUGGGCUACAAGAAGACUACACUUCUCAACAUUAAGCCAAACUCCAAAUUCAUUUGGAUUCACGCACUCAUGACACUACUCAUCGUCGCAAUGGGCAUUUAUCUGAUGGAAAGUUUCUCCACAAUUAUAAGUUCGCGAGAGAUAAACAUCGAUAGAAAGAUACUAAUGAUAGAGAAUAUUCCCGAAUCCAAAAGAGACACGCAAUCGGUGGACGACUUUUUGUCCAAACAGUUCCCCAAUAUAUCCGUCCGACGGAUCACUUUUGUCUACGAUAUCGAAGAGAUAUUGAGUUUAAUGAAGAAACUUUUGACUACAAUUGAGGCCAAGAGAUACUGUUUGUAUUACGAGAGGACUUACGGCCAGAAGUGCGAAGUGAGGCCUUAUAUUCUGGGAAAUAUAUUGGGUUUCAUGGGUUGUUGUUUUUGGUUCCCAAAAGUGGACGCUUUGGAGUUCUACACACAAGAGAAGGUCAUUCUCGAGGAGGACAUCAACAAAGAGCUCGACAACACUGUGUCUCGUCCUCAGAGGAUAGUCUUUAUUGUCUUUGAUCGUAAAUCUGAUGCCAAAAAG